AGGGUAGCGACGGUGACCUUACAGCCUCCGCCGGCAGAAGCGUUGCUUUCAUUUCCAUCUCCUCCGGCCAUGAGCAAGCACCCUCAGAAGUCCAGGAAGGCGUCUCCGCCCGGCGAGCCGCCCCCGACCCCGGCCAAAGGACAGAAAAGCCUGCGGAUGCCCAAGUGCUCCCGAUGCAGGAACCACGGGUACAUGUCGCUCCUCAAGGGCCACAAGCGCUUCUGCAAGUGGAAGGACUGCCAGUGCCAAAAGUGCAAGCUCAUAGCCGAGAGGCAGAGAGUCAUGGCGGCGCAGGUGGCCCUGAGAAGACAGCAAGUCCAGGAUGAGGAGCUCGGGAUUUGUACUCCGGUCAAUCUUUCCAACCCCAGCCUGGCGAUGAAGACCGAAGACGGCGCCGACUGCCUGUUCUCCGUGGACGGACGACCCCUGACCCCUGCCUUCCCUUCCUCUUCCUCUUCCUCUCUCGGCGCCGCGGAUGCAGGCAGUCGCCCCACCCCGCCGGACGGCAGCAGGCCUCCCGCUGACGGACAGUCCGAUCUGCUGCUGGAGGCGUCCUACCACGGCCUCUUCCAGCCGUCCUGCUACCCGGCCUACUACAACAACGUGUACAACUACCAGCAGUACCAGGUGCCCCACGGGGACGGUCGUCUGGCGGGCCACGUGUCCCCCCAGUACCGCAUGCACUCCUACUACCCGGCAGCCACGUACCUCAGCCAGGGCCUGGGCUCCUCCUCCUGCCCGCCGUCCUUCUUCACCCCUGAGGACAACAGCUGCACCGAGGCAAUGGUGGCCUCCAUGUUAUCCAGCAACAUUGUCGCCGGACUCGACCCCUUGACCAUCCACCUGGCGGGGACCGCUGACGUCAAGUCCGAGAUGGACGCCGACAGCGAGGCGAGCGACCUCCUCAUCAUCGAUGAGGACGCGACCCAAUGAAGAAAAGACAAAGGCUCUCAUAGUUGUCUUUUUUUUCCUUUUUCUUUUGCCUUUCAACAUUACACGUUCAUUUUGUUUUCUAAUCACCGCAAAUGAGCUAGUGGCAUUUUCGGUAUAUAAUGUGAAGACUUUGGUGGUAACGAACUCUGUGGGAGUGCUUGCCCGGGCCAAACGAAGCGCACUACAGAAGACAACAACAUGACGUCAGCUAUGGGAAGUUGAGCAUCAGCACACACACACACACGCACACGCACACACGCGCACACACACACGCACACACACACGCUAUGACAAAACCCUUGACAUGGAAACAGGAGUUCAGAACAGAGUGAACCUUAUUUUAGCAAAGGUCGAUGACAGAAAUGCCCCAUACAUUGUACCACAUUUUGAAAAUGACCAAAAUAAUAAUAAAAAAGA